GUCAAAGAGCCUUUGUUGUGUUUCAAUGGAAGAAGACAGGAGAGGACGAGAUCGUUCAGGCGCUCAUGAAAUUUACUUGAGCCGUACAAUUCGGGACUGGGUUCCGCAAGAAUAUAACGCACAGAUCAUCAGCAGAAAGUACAGAUAACACAGGAAUAAAUAAAUCUCGCCUUCGCUCAUCUUCAUGCAGCGAAAGACAAACCUCCUGGAAGUUGUAUUACAUCCACCAAGAAGGUGACGACGCCAUUUUGUGCUUCUGAAGGUGACUUUCCAUUCUGUCGUUUGGUUGGAACUGCUGUUCCAUUUCGAAAGAAAUUUGGCCAGAAAGAGUAGUUUUGAAUGCUGCUGUUGUGAUAUUCUCCAGGAUACCCAGUACUUAAAUGUACAGCAAAAACUGCACAUAUAGCUGCCAGUAAAGUAAAGCACAAUACGUAUCUGUGAUUACUAGAAAAGUACGCAUUGCAUCUUUGGGAUGGCUGGACCAAGAUCAAGUCCUACUAACCAAACAUCAACCACCAGUCGUCUGGCAAAGGGUGAUUUGCCACCAUUUCAGCAGACUCCAACACCAAGGCCGGGUAAGCGAAGGCAUGUGGCCACAGUUUCACCAGUGACAGCAAGGGGUGAAAAUAGGUCACCAAGGGCUAAACAAAGGCCAUUUAUGGUUCACAGGCAAAGCCCACCCACCAUCUCAGCUGCCCCUGUUACAGCUGCAAGUAUCACUGCCGCUACCCCAGUGCCCUCUGCUGAAGGUGUGUCAGGUAGCACAGACGAAGCCAGGAGUGGCUCUGUGAGUCCCUCACAGCUUGCAGUUCCCCGUGUUUCUGCUGAACCACCCUGCCCAUCUUCUCUGCCCCUGCCACCUGAGCACUGGAUGGCUCCAGAUGAGAAGUGCACAUCCCAGAGGCGUCAUUGUCGUGCUGUCACAGAGUCCCUUUUGAACCACUUAACAACAAGCGGCAUUUUGGUCACAGCCUAGUGUGGUGCUGCAUAAAGGGCAGCCAGUAAGGGCAGGGUGGCGGGGCCACUGUAAAGCAAAGGGGUGCGUGGGGCCGCAGCCAGAGCUGUAAACCACCCCCUUUGCCUAGGCCACUUCACUUCUGCACCGCUGUCCAGUUCAGUUUCCCUAGAGAAACUGAUCGUGUACUAUAGGGUGAAGUCAGAUGAUCGAUAAAGUGUUUAACUGACAAAAGUGUGAGAUAGACCGGUUGACGUAUGUUCUUGUUCUGUGAUACUGGUAGUGCUUACUGGCUUUUACUGUCUGUGUCAUGCAAAAGUGAUUAUUCACUUUCCAUUGCAUGAUGUGUCCUAGCCAGCAAUAACUAGGGUCACCAUGAGCAAGCAACCCAUGUCCUGUAUUUUAGUAGAAUCACAGCUGCAUUGUGGACCUGUUAAAUUAAAUUUCCUCUAAAUUUAGUUUUCAUUUUAGGGUUCAGAGAAUUUAAAUUUCUGUUAAUUUUCGUAUUUGUAAGUUUUAAAAGUUUGUAAAGAAAUUAAUUAGUCUAAAGGAAAAUUUGUUUCUUUUUAUUUGGGACAAAUUUUGAAAGGAUCAAGGUUUUUAAGUUAAAGAACUUAAUGUCUAGCAUUUCCACAAAAUUACAAACAAUCAUGCUGUUCCAUAUACUUUAUGUAUAUACUAUAUACACAUUGCAUAGUUUUUCGGUGCUUACCAUUUGGAAGUCAAUUUUUUUAUUUAUUUAUUUUUUUUUAUUUCUAGAAGUUCAGUGUUCAGAAGCAUAAGCAGAAUUUGCCUGUAAAUGAAGGUGUUGAUUGUUUGUAGUUUGUCAGCAGUGCUCAUUUAGUGUCCUAUUGUCUGCCUCAGACAAAAUAGUAUUUAGAAGCUAAUAUUUUAUUUUAAUUAUUUUGUGGACAUAUGCCGCCAUUCUUAAGGAUUAUUCAUUUGUUUUAAGUCAUUCAUAUAGUUUUUGUAGUUGUUGAUCAACUUCAUUUGUGUUGGUAUUGUAGUAUCAAAUUGGAGCAGUUUAAAAACCCAGAACGGCAAUAUGGUUGGAUAAUAAAAUGAUGUUAGACCUGCCAGUCCACAAGGUAAUUAGUUGUUGUGAGUGGCGAGGGUUAGUGUUUCCCACAAAUGUAAGGGGUGUUGGCCGAGGGUUUCCUCCGUGAUAUACAGCGUACCACAGUACUCUAGUCUUGAGGCUCUACUUGCCACACUCCCAAACUACAGAAUUUGUAUAGACUAUUUUUAUUAUGAUGCCAGUUUUUUAUCUUAAGUUCUCCUUUAACUGGUUGCCCCGAUUUUAUGUACAUUGAGAAACUGUUUUAAUUGAUCCAAAGGUAUUGGUUUGGACCAAAUUGCAAGUUGCCAUUUUAGAAUUAUAGCACAUCAUUUGCUACAUGUGCUACUGAAAGGCUGUACUUGCUUGCGAAGUUGUUGUGUAGAUGAGGAUGUUUUUGUCUUGGAAGUUUAGCUGUGUGCUGUACAAGCUUGAGUGACAGAUUAGUGUUAAGGAUUUGUGAUCUCAGUUGAGUAAUUAUCGAAUGUAUUGGUAGAUAUUUGCUGGAUUCACAUUCCAGUGUUCCAAGGGAGCAACCCCCACAGUACAAAUCCUUUGGGGUUGCAUCUCUGCACUUUACCUGCUUCAAGUGUUAAUGACAAGUGCACAAAGCUCAGGAGUUUAAGUCCGAUGUGAAGGGAAAUCCAUGGAGAAAAGUUUACACACAGGGGUUAAUCUAAUCUCCCAUUUGGAUUUUAUUAGUCUAGGUUUUGUAGAAGACAUUUGAAUGCAGACUUUAUCCGAGGUUGCAUUCUGUGGUAGGUUGGCUCUCGUUUGAGGUCCACAUUUCCAAAGAUGCAACGACUCGGGUGAGCACUUCAUCUGUCUUUAGGUAUUUUGAAAGCGUAACUUCUCAGAUCUCACUUUGAGACUUUCACUUCUCUAUGAGCAGUUGGGUCUCCUUUAAAGAAGUAUUGUAGUUUUCAUUCAACCAAAGCAUUUCACCAUCAUCCCCAUAUAGUACUGUGUGCCCAGGAGGCACCAGCGUGCCGUAAUACUUAGCUCUACCUCAAUGUCAAGUUUGUUGGACUUAAAGAAUGCAUAUCACAAUAGUUGGGUUGAUUUAAUGAGAGCUUUAUCCCUGUUAGUACACACAACACUUGGCAUACCAUGAGAGGUACUGAAGCAGGCUUCCAUGCAUGUGGCUUUGUCAUUGGUGUGGUAAUAAUAAACAUAAAUAAGAAGGCUCAAUGGCAAGGGUGAACCUUAAGGACAACGUGCCACAUAGUCACAGUGUCUGAGGGCUUCCUACACCCGAGGACGUGACGCCUGUUGCUUAUCAUUAAGUGUCGUUUUUGUAGUGUCCCAUGCAUGAGGACAAGCCUGACCGCAACCAGUUAGAGGAGGACACAACGAAACACUAACACGCCCACGGUGGCUACAAGGCAGAGGGCAAUGGUAGGACUCCUCUUAGGGAAUACUGUAUUAUCAUCUCUAGAUCACUGGUGUCCUUCUGUUGCCACUGCAUGUAACCACUAUUUACCGGAGACUUGAAGCUUAAAUGUCUGUGAUACUGCCAUCAACUUCAACUCUCCUUCAAAGUGUAAAAUCAGAUGAUUUUGCCUUUGUUGGCAAAAUAUCCUAUAUCACCAUUGGUCAUGGUACAAAGAGUAUAUUUCAAGUUUAUUUGACAAAAUCAUAAAGCAAAAAAAUGGAGUAUUCUUAAGUUAAAUAUGUACCUGAGACAGGUGUGAUUGGAGUUCUCAUGACAUUGUGAGGCCUCCCUUAGUCUUGUCCCUUUUACCUUCAUCCUGUUCCAUCCAGUGGGCUAAUAAUCUGUAAAGCCCGUUCAUCAGUGUCAGACAUCACUAUUAGCCUUGAAAAUACCUCUCAAGCCUUAAAGACUUUUCAAGGAUGAAAAAAUUUACCUUUGGCUUUAUUUUAUUUUUUAUAUAUGUAUAUAUAUAUUUUUUUUUGUCAUGCUCUAGUCCUUCAAUUUGUUAUUGCUCUAAACUCAAAAAUUAUUUAUUACGAGUGUGUUUGAUUACAGUAUUUAUUGAUGAAGGGCUAAUCACUUUUAUUAUGCUGGCUUAAUUCUCGGCUGUUAUGUAUUAUCAUUUCAUCUGUAAGAAAUGUUUCCAGUACUGUAUAUGUAAAAAAAAAUGAAUUUAAAAGUUUUUUUUGACAUUUGAGAAAAUAUUCAUUGGCGUUUGACGGUUUAUAUUUUUAAAUAUACUGGAAGCAUUUCACAACCUUGUUAUCCCCACCGUUUCAAGCUCUUAUCCCAGUACUCUGGGAAGGUCUCAAUACAAUAGCCUACUUAAUAGUAUUUCUUCUGCAAUGGGAACGGGUUAUACAUGCGAUUGUGAUAAUCUCAAAGGAAUGAAUGUGUUUUUGAGUUGUUCGAAUUAAUGUUAGUAAUUGACAGUGUGUGCGCAUGCGUGUAUGUGUGAGUGGGUGUUUGAGAGUGCAGACGAGAGUGAAAGGUUAAUAGUGUUAAGAAAUGGGCGUGUGCUCAUUGCGAAGUGACAAAUUUUUGUUUAUCCAAAUUUGUAUUAUGUUAUAGUUGUUGAAUGUAUACUGUACUAAUUUACCCCAAAUACCCUUUAACCUUCUCCCCAUCCCAUCCUAUCCCAAUCCUAUCAUCCUUCCCCCUCCCUAUCCCCGGGUUCUUUUUAGAACCCCCCUAUUAUUCAAAGAGGAAUACGAAUACCAGUACCUGAAAAGGUACGCCUACGAAUCAUAGCAUCAUUGUAUCGUUACAUCAUGUGGUCAUAUCAUACGAAUACCAGUGCCUGAAAAGGUACACUUAUAAAUCAUUACAUCAUCAGACAUCUGUUCAUAUCAUACGAAUACCAGUACCUGAAAAGGUACUUAUGAAUUAUAACAUCAUUGUAUCAUUACAUCAUCUGGUCAUAUACUGUAUCAUCACAUCAUCUGGUCCUAUACGGAUACCAGUACCUGGUAAAGGUACACUUAAAAAUCACAAUGCCACUGUAUCAGUACUCAUCUAGUCAUAUACAAAUACUGGCACCUGAAAAAGUUGUAGUUAAAAAUCAUAUAAUCACAGAUUGUUACAGUUGUGCGCGCUCAUAAGUGUUGCUCAUGGUUCCUAUACUUCAUUUGUCUUACCAACUGAUUAAUUUCUGGAGCAUUUCUCAUUCCAUCUUCCUUCCAUAAACAUCAAAUUUUUACCCCGACAGAUCAAAUGUUGAAAUGCCAUUUUUAUUUUGAAAAGUUAAUUUUUGUCCUUAAAAAGGGGAAUUUUUUGGUCAUAUACAAAUAUCACUACCUGAAAAAGGUACACAUGAAUCAGAACAUCACUGAUCAUCACAUCAUCUGUGAGUGCACUUAAUUGUCACUCGUCAUUGUGUCCAUACCUCAUAUGUCGAACCAAAGGGUUAAUCGUAGUAUUUCUCAUUCCAUCUUCCUUUCAUAACCAUAAACUCAUCUUUUAAUCUUGCAGGUCAACUGUUCGAGUGCCUUUACUGUUUUUAUGGCUUUAAUUUUUCCCCAAAAGAAAUAUCUAGGAAUUAGUUGGCCAUAUUGGGUAAGUAUCUGGUGAGAUGACUAUGAUUUGAUGUUAGUUCUAUCCUUAAAAAAUUUUAUAUUGUCAACUAGUCGGGCUAUCGGGUCAUGCCUUGUCUCGCAUCAGACUGCCUAGUAGUGUCCAGUUUUUAAGUCAGAAUUAGAGCAAAAGUAAUAGGGGAAAAUUA